ACCAAACUACAAAAAACCUCUCUUCACUGAGAUCUCUACUCUGUCUUCACUCCUUUUAACAUCUUUCACUUCUAACUCACUGCACCACUCUCUUCUCUCUUUCUCCGCCGCCACAACCGCCACAAUGCGGCUCUCACCGCUUCUCCUCCUCCUCCUCUUCACCACCAUAAUAUCAACUCCCACAACCGCGCACAACAUCACGCGCCUCUUAUCCCACCACCCCUCAUUCUCCACAUUCAACCACUACUUAACACUAACACACCUCGCCGACGAGAUCAACCGGAGAACAACCAUCACCGUCUGCGCCAUAGACAAUGCCGCCAUGUCAGACCUUCUCGCUAAGCACCCAUCAAUCUACACCGUCAAAAACAUUCUCUCCCUCCACGUACUCUUGGACUAUUUUGGCGCCAAGAAACUGCACCAGAUAACCAACGGUACUGCAUUGGCGGCGACACUGUUUCAGGCCACCGGAUCGGCUCCCGGCUCAUCCGGGUUUGUGAAUAUAACCGAUGUUAAAGGAGGGAGAGUGGCAUUUGGACCGGAGGAUAAUAAUGGAAAGCUUGGUGUUUUUUUUGUUAAGUCUUUAGAGGAAGUUCCUUAUAAUAUUUCGGUUAUUCAGAUUAGUGACGCUUUUCCUUCCGAUGAGGCGGCGGCGCCGACACCGGAGCCGAGUCAGAUGAAUUUGACUGAUAUUAUGUCUGCUCAUGGCUGUAAGGUGUUUGCUGAUACUCUGCUUGCAAAUCGUGAGGCUUCAAAUACUUAUCAGGACAAUAUUGAUGGAGGAUUAACAGUAUUUUGCCCUAUGGAUGAUGCAUUCAAAGCAUUUCUACCAAAAUACAAGAACUUAACAGCUUCAGGCAAAGUCUCAUUUCUUGAGUUCUUUGGAGUGCCAAUUUACCAAUCUUUAUCUAUGUUGAAGUCCAACAAUGGCCUCAUGAACACUUUGGCCACUGAUGGAGCCAGCAAAUUUGAUUUCACAGUGCAAAAUGAUGGUGAGGAAGUGACAUUAAAAACAAGAAGUGUCACAGCUAAAAUCAUUGGGACUUUGUUAGAUCAGCAGCCACUUGCUAUUUAUACCAUUAACAAGGUUUUGUUGCCUAAAGAGUUGUUUAAGGCAGAACCACCAGCUCCUUCUCCUGCUCCGGCUGCGGACGCUCCAAAAUCUAGUGAUGAUGAUUCAGCACCGUCGGACUCGCCGGCGGAUGCGCCGUCUGAUGAUGACCCAGCCGAUCAAACGGCGGAUGACAAUGCUGGUGUGAGACUUAAUGGUGGAAGGUUUGUUGGUGUUGUGGUGUUGAGUUUGUGUUUACGGUUUUUGAUGUUGUAAGUUAUUUGAACAUUGAUUUUCACCGGUUUGUGGGAAUUAGGCCAUGCCUUUAAUUUAUUGGUUUGGUUCAGUUUCGAUUUGAACUAUACUUUAGUUCGGUGUGGUUGGUUUAGGUUGAUUUCAAACCAAACCGAGCGAUGCACAGCUAAAGGCUUUUAUAGGGCCAAGCUGGCUAUUACUCAUUAAGAAUGUGCUUAGUACCUUUUUUAGUUUCUUGUUGGUUUUAGUGUGGUGAUAUAUUUUUUUUCUUCUUUUUUGGUUGUAUUAAAGAGGAAUUUGAGAGGUUUAUGGCUUGUAAUUUGUGAGAGAUGAUGAAGAUCUAUAAAUACAUACUGUUGUUGCCACCAA